UCCUCAGGGAAAGGGGGGGGUGGAGAGAGGGCGAGCCAAGGAAUUGGACAAGCGGCGGCUGCGCGGUGAUAGGUCCCGCCCCCUCUCCUCCCGCCCCGCCGCCGUCAUGGCUCGGGCGAUGUGAACGCGGCUUGUCGUCGGUUGGUGAUCGCCGCCAAGCGCACGGAGCCUUGAUGUGAGGAAUAUCACUCGCACGAAGCGAUAGGCGAAAGGGAAUCUGACCGCGUUGCUGGGUAGGGAGGGGAAGCCAGGGAGCAGGACCUGCCAUGCCGGACCAGAUCACAGUGUCGGAAUUCGUGGCCGAGACGAACGAGGACUACAAGUCUCCGACCGCCUCCAGCUUCACCACCAAGAUGAGCCAGUGCAGGAACACGGUGGCUGCUUUGGAGGAGGCACUGGAUGUGGAUCGUGGAGUGUUGCAAAAGAUGAAGAAAUCUGUUAAAGCUAUUUAUACAUCUGGACUAGGGCAUGUGGAAAAUGAAGAACAGUAUACACAAGCAUUGGAGAAGUUUGGUGGUAACUGUGUCUGCCGUGAUGAUCCUGAUUUUGGCACAGCUUUUCUGAAGUUUUCAGUCUUUACAAAAGAGUUAACUGCACUUUUCAAAAACCUGAUUCAGAAUAUGAACAAUAUCAUCACUUUUCCUCUGGAUAGCUUAUUGAAAGGAGAUCUGAAAGGAGUUAAAGGGGAUCUUAAGAAGCCUUUUGAUAAAGCCUGGAAGGACUAUGAAACAAAAGUUACAAAAAUUGAAAAGGAGAAAAAGGAACAUGCCAAACAACAUGGUAUGAUCCGUACAGAAAUAAGUGGAGCAGAAAUUGCUGAAGAAAUGGAGAAAGAGCGAAGGUUUUUUCAAUUACAGAUGUGUGAGUAUUUGCUUAAGGUCAAUGAGAUCAAGAUUAAGAAAGGUGUUGAUUUACUCCAGAACCUCAUUAAAUAUUUCCAUGCACAAUGCAAUUUUUUUCAGGAUGGCUUGAAGGCUGUAGAAAGUUUAAAACCCUCCAUGGAAAAGUUGGCUACAGAUUUGCAUGCUAUCAAGCAAGUGCAGGUAUGAGGAAGAAAACAGCUUGUCCAACUUCGGGAUGUACUAAAAGCAGGGCUUCAGGUUGAACAAAAGGAGGAUUCCCAGGUUCGCCAGAGCACCAUGUACAGCUUGCAUCAACCUCAGGGAAACAAAGAACAUGGAACGGAAAAAUGUGGUGCUCUGUAUAAAAAAAGUGAUGGACUUAGGAAAGUGUGGCAGAAAAGGAAGUGCACAGUAAAAAAUGGCUAUCUGACAAUUUCACAUGGAACAGUUAAUAGACCACCAGCAAAGCUCAAUCUACUUACUUGUCAGGUGAAAGCAAAUCCUGAAGAGAGAAAAUGUUUUGAUCUCAUAUCACAUGAUAGAACAUACCAUUUUCAAGUGGACGAUGAACAGGAAUGCCAAGUCUGGAUGUCCGUUUUGCAGAACAGUAAAGAAGAGGCUUUGAACAAUGCUUUCAAGGGAGAUCAUAACACAGGAGAAAAUAACAUUGUCCAGGAAUUAACAAAAGCAAUUAUUGUAGAGGUGCAGCGGAUGACUGGAAAUGAUGUGUGCUGUGACUGCGGAGCACCAGAUCCGACAUGGCUAUCUACUAAUUUGGGAAUUCUAACAUGCAUUGAGUGCUCUGGAAUUCAUAGAGAGCUGGGAGUUCAUUAUUCCAGAAUACAAUCUCUUACAUUAGAUGUAUUAGGAACAUCUGAACUCUUGCUAGCUAAGAAUAUUGGGAAUGCAGCAUUUAAUGAGAUUAUGGAAGCUGGUCUGUCAUCAGACGGAAUUGUCAAACCUAAUCCAAACAGUGAUAUGGUUGCCCGAAAAGACUACAUUACAGCUAAAUAUAUAGAACGGAAAUAUUCAAGGAAAAGGUCCACUGACAAUGCUGCCAAACUUAGCUGUCUGUGCGAUGCAAUCAAGUCAAGAGACAUUUUUGCACUAAUUCAGGUGUAUGCUGAUGGCGUCGAUCUUACUGACCCAAUACCUUUGGCAAAUGGACAUGAACAAGGAGAAACAGCACUACAUCUUGCUGUAAGAUUAGUGGACAGAACAUCACUUCAUGUAGUUGACUUUUUAGUACAGAACAGUGGGAAUCUUGAUAAACAGACUAACAAAGGCAGUACAGCAUUACACUACUGCUGUCUAAAUGAUAACGUGGAGUGUCUUAAGUUGCUUUUGAGGGGCAAAGCUUCCAUUGAAAUAGCCAAUGAAGCGGGGGAAACACCACUUGAUAUAGCUAAACGCUUAAAACAUGCUCAAUGUGAAGAGGUGCUUAUACAGUCAUUAUCAGGAAAAUUCAAUGCACAUGUGCAUGUGGAAUAUGAAUGGAAAUUGCAUCAUGAAGAUUUGGAUGAAAGUGAUGAUGACAUUGAAGACAAGCAAUCCAGUCCCAAUAGACCCAUCAGUUUCUAUCAAUUAUCAUAUCAGUCAGGAGUAAACCAGCUUCAGCCUCCAGCACCUCAUGCAGUGCUGUCAAGAGAUUCGACUAUAAAAGACAAACAGCGACCAUUCAUUCCAAGUAUGCUGAAUAAUGAGACGUAUGGAACUGUACUGAGCUCAAGUCCCCCUCCCUCUGUAACUAUUGCUCCUCCUCUUCCGCCCAGAAACGUCAACAAAGUUCAGCCUUCGGUUCCUGGUGUUCAGACAAAUACAUCAUCCAGUGUUUGGAAAACUGCAUCACUUGGAAUGGAUACUGCAAGUAGGCAACGAUCUGCUUCAGAUCCACCAAAUCUUCAUCCACCUAUACCACCCGUCCGGGUUACAUCAGCAACAGCAAAUCCUUCACCUCCAACUCCAGUGGCAAAAACAAACAGUGUUAUUGAAGCAAUGAGCCUGCAGGUAAAGCAGUCACAAUCCCCACAGCAGCAGCCAGGUUCUCUGCAGCAAGCUGCUCAGAACAAAAAAACACCACCACCCCCACUGCCUCCACAGCCACCACUUCGCACUUCACAACAGAAGUCAUUGUCCAGUUCUGAUCGAACAUCCACAGCUAAAAGACCAUCAACAGUACUUGGAUCAAUGCAAUCACUGCAGUCAGGUGAUGCUUCCCUGACGUCUGAAACUGCACCAAAAAAACCGGGACAUGCACCUAAUUCAGCAAAUUUAAACAAGGCUCCAGCACCAAUGCCACGAAAGUCUCAAAUGAUGAAGUCUAAGCCAAGGAGAGUAAAAGCAAUUUACAACUGUAGUGCAGAUAAUCCCGAUGAGCUCACCUUCUCAGAGGGUGAGAUUAUUGUUGUUGAUGGUGAGGAAGAUCCAGAGUGGUGGAUUGGCCACAUUGAAGGAGACCCAAAACGAAGGGGUGUAUUCCCUGUGACAUUUGUGCACUUCAUUGCUGACUGAGCUCUCUUUCAGAAGUGGAGAGAAACAAUUUAAGCAUGGUACCAUACCCUGAUGGCAAGGAAUGCAUCUUUUUAGCUUGAUAGCCAAAUCACUACUUAGCUGGAGGUUGUUAUAAGUAUCUAGUUCUCAAAUAUGUAUUCUUGUUGAAGUAUUUGCACUUUCAGUACAACUGGAGAUUCAUUUUUAUAAAUUGUAGACUUCUCAUGUCUGUCAAUUUGCUAUGGUGCAUGUAGGUACUUGGGAAUGGAAAGAAUGCUAUUUUUGGAUAGUGAAUAGCUCACAUCACUAACUCUAUUAAAAAUGUUCAAAUAUGUAGCAUCAACAAUGAAGCAAAAUUGGAGAACACAAGUAGUGAUUAAAAAUUAUAUAAUUCACAAAUCAGGUAAUGAAUUUAGAAAGCAUGCUGUUUUCAUGAACUUCAUCACUUCCAUAAAGCCUUAAAACACUACUAUAAAUCUAAAACAAUACUUGUUUCCAUACUGGUUUUUAUUUAAAUCCUGUAAUUUUCCUAAACAUUCAUGAACACAGGAUUCUAGUGUUGUAAAUAUGAAUAUUUUUCAAUAGGCAGCUAAGGAACAGCAAUAAUAUCCAACAUAGCUGUUCUUCAAGAGAGAAAUUAGUGAUGGAAAUUCAGACAUUAUUUGGGGAUCCUUUUAUGUAUUUUGUACAGUCUUACUGUUAGUGUUUUGUUGCAUUAAAUAGUUUAACCAAAAUGGUGUUUAACUAGCUAAAUCAUUUUUGAAAAAAAUAUUCAGUGUUUGCAGGCUUUUUUUUUAAAAGUCUGCAUAGAAUUGUUGAUUUUUGUUAAGGACAAAAAAAUUCAAGAUAAUAAAUGAAAAAUAGUGCAGUGCAAAACACUUAUAGUAAACCUUCAUCUCAAACACUUUUUGCAAUGAUCUUACUGGCCUGUUAUUGGAAAUAUUAGUAUUUUAAAUUCUUAGAUUUGUUACACUGUUUUUCUUUUUAAAAUAUGUCCUGAAUUCCAAUACAUAGGAAUGCAAAUUUGAAAAUUAUUUUGGACUAGCAAUAAGAUUAAAAAUUGUAGCCUAUCACUUAAUUAAAUAUGGCUGUAAUUAUUGUCAAAAAACAGAAAUUAUUAACUCUUGUAUGUAAUACAAAUUAAUUCUGAAGAUGUUGACAUCAUUCAGGUCUUUACUUUCUAUGAGUGACUAAAAGGAUCAUAAAAAUGUCUGGACAGGAUAUUUGCUAUCUCAUGUUAUUGUCUGUGAGUAGUACUCAGAGCCGUAAAAAAACAAAAAAAAAUCAUCCUGUUUGGGAUAUGGUGUAAAAUGGAUACAAAUAUGACAAACUUGGUCUUUGUUGCAGAGCAACACUAUAUAUAUUGUAAAUGUUAAGUCCUAUAAUACCUUUACAUUUCAUUUCAUUGAUUGACAAUUAGAGCAUGUGUAAUGUACUGUAUAUCCCACUUUUAACAUUGGAAUUAAUUCAGAAAUAAACAGUUAUUAAACCAAAGCCUGCUUCAGCAAUGCAGGUCUAUUUUGCAUAAUUCGAAUAUGAGACCUAGUAAAUUUGCUAUUUGAAGAAGCAACAUCUGAUGAAAUACUGUACAAAAUUCGAUCUAAAAUGUGUUUAAAAAUCUAUCCAUUGAAUCAAGGUAAAGCUGCUUUAUUUGUUAACUAUCAUUUUGUUAAUCAGUAGAUAUGCAAGAAAUCAAUUUCGUUCCAUUAAAGACUAAAAUUGAGAGACUUGUGUGUCAAUUAUACCUAUUUACUCAUGAUGCUUCUUGCAUUUAGCUUAGCUAAAGGGAAUACAUUCUUGUUUUGCACAUUAAAGUAAGGCCAGAAUAUCUAAAUUUUGAAGUUAAGAAUGUUAACAAUAAAAAUGAAAUUCUUUUCCCCCAUAUAUGUACUACAUUGUGAACCUUCACAACUAACAACCCAAGCUCAAAAACAGGAAAACCCUACGCAGCUAAAUGUAUGCUUCAGAAGCCCAGCUAAUGGUCAUUACUGGUGAUUGCUGGUUAAUAUUUUUACCAAAAUAUUCAUUAUCUAAUAAAGGUAUGACUUAGUUUUCAAUACUCCUACAAGUACUUAAUUUUCUGUGGGUUAAAAUAUAUCAUUGAAAUCUGUGUUAUAUGCUUCAUUUUUUUAUUUCUGUCAAUGAUGAGAUUGCAGGCUGGGUUUAAUAGUUUGUAUGAAUUGGUUUUGGUGAGUGCACUGAGAAGAUAAAAUCCUGCAGCUGUUCUGAAACUACAUUGGCUGUUCGCUUGUUUUAUAUGCUGUAAGAGUUGUAGAGAUUAGCUAAUUAUUGAACCCUGAAAUACAUCUCAAGUUCAACAUGACAUUUAAUUCUUGUAGUAUUAAAGCAUAGUUUACUUGGUUAAUUUCCUUAAAAACUACCAGAACUCUGAUCUUGGUUUGAACACAAAAACGAAAGGUUUUUAAAUGUUUUCUUAUUUGCAUUGAAUUUUCUACCACCCUGAGGGCCGGACACAUUUCUGAUAUAGUUUUCUAACCAUCCCCCUUUAUUAAUAUCCAUCCACCAAAGUCACACUGCUUUCCAACGAUGAGCACAUUUCAAUCUCCACAGAUUGGCAUCGGCUCGAUACAGCACUGUACAAGGGCCUUCCUCAAGAGUUAGACAAAUCAGAACAAGCUGUAUGUUUGCCUCCUGCUGCCAGAAUCAUUUGAAGUGAACCCAUGACACCAUGUUGGCUCUUGAGUUGCCAAUAUGAUGGCAGAGGCAGUUUAGGGCCUUUCUGAGUAUCUAUUCUGCCUUUGCCCCCAUAGAAAUUGCCCUAGUGCCAAGAUUUCCAUUUGUACCGGCCAUAUGUCCUUGCAGAUGGUCACAGUUGUUGACUAGCGUUUGUUGUGAUGCAGGUCCUGCAUGACUUCAGGUAGUUACCUGACAAAAUGUCUUUAUGGCAUCUUCUUCCUGCCACUUUCUACUUGACUGGACAUGACUCUCCAGCUGUUGAGUGGCACUCUUCCAAUGAGGAUAUUCAAGCUACAUUAAUGUUGGCGAGGCUGCUCUCAUUUUGCGUUGGAUAUAACCAUUAAAUGUAUUCUGAGUUAAUAAACUAUUAUUCACAUGAGCCUGGAUGUU